GUCAAAUGCAAUGAUUUGAGCCUGCGACUAUGUUAUUAGUGUGAUUAUAUUAUGAUGAGAUAAAGUCGCUAGUUCUCCGUUUUACGUGCACUCGACCCUUUGGUCAUGAUAUGAAGUGGAUCCAACACGUAUUUGAAUUUUUCAAAUUCAUCUUUUGAAUUGCUUCGAUCAAAACCCAACACUUUAAAGAUUGAUGAAACCGGCACAGUCAUGUUGGUCUACAUGAUAAACAAGCGAAGACUGAGAAUCUUGCUGCUUGUAAUACCUACAGUUCUGGCAUAUUUCUUAUAUGUCACUGUGUUCACAGCAUCAGAUGAUUUUAAUGCAACACACAAGCCACAUGUUGAGAAAAGCUGGGAUGAAAAAAUUAAAAGUCACCACCUUCAUGGACUAGACCUUCACGGUGGUCCUCUCCAUAACCAUGCUGAUGCAAUAGCAGCUGAAACUGGGAAAGGAAAAGAACAGAGUAAAAAAGGACAGAUGGUGGAAAAAGAGGGAGGAAGGGACAGUAAGAAAGAGAACUAUUCCAGUGGAAAAAAAGGUGCUCUGAAUUUAAAUGGUAGAGGUUUUGAUGUUCUUCAAAGAACUGAUGAGGUAGAGGAUGAAAGAGAAUCAAGAAAUGGAGUUGUGAAGGAGACUCAGAAGACAGUCCUGAAGGAACAGAAGGAGGAAGAAGAAAUAGCUGAUGAGAUAAGUAAACACGAAAAUGAAAUGGAACAUGUGCAGAUGGAACAGUUGGAAGGAAAAGGAUAUGUACAGAAUCCCAGUAGUAAUCUGCUACUAACAACUCGUAAGUCAUUACCUCCUAAAGGUAUACAAUACAAAGGUGGACUACCUUCUCUUCACUAUGCAUCACACCAAGACUUGCAGCAGCAGCCAGUGGAAAAACAGAUACAACAAAACAAUUUUAGAAGCGAAACUACUAAGGCCACUAUGCAGCAACGGAAUCCCUUUGAAGGACAGCCUGAUAUCCCUGCAGCUAGCCACACACAUUUAAAUAUGAGUAUUCUUAAGCCAGAUAGUAUGAAUAAGAAUAUCAUUCUCAAUGCAACUAUAAAAAAUGACACCUCGCCAAAAGAUAAAACAGAUGAAAACUCACUUAUUCAGCAUCACGAAUCGGAUGCACCACACAAUGGACAAAUACAGCAACAUCUUUCUGAAACACAAAAGUCAGACUCACAGCAGCAAAAAUUAGUUUUACAGGGGAGACAACAACAGUCAGGCUUCCAGCAACAUCCAGUGCCACAGCUAGGUAGUCAUCAGUUGCCAUCUAAUUCACAAUUCCUGGGGUCAGUACAGCAGAACAUUAGAAAUCAGGCCAGUGAUCAGCAAGCAGCAAUGAAAGGACAAAAUCAGGCAGAAAAUGGGACAAGACAGGCAUACAUGCAGCAAUCGAACAUACAACAAGAGCCAGUACAGAAGUCAGUGAACCAACCAAGGCAACAACCAAAUGUGCAACAACAACUAGGACAACAGCUAGUUAACCAACCAGGACAACAACCAAAUAUGGAAGGACAAGAAGGACAACAGCUAGUGAACCAACCAGGACAACAACCAAAUGUACAACCUCAAGAAGGACAACAGCUAGCAAACCAACCAGGACAACAACCAAAUGUGCAACCUCAAGAAGGACAACAGCUAGCAAACCAACCAGGACAACAACCAAAUGUGCAACUUCAAGAUCAACAGCUAGUGAACCAACCAGGACAACAACCAAAUGUACAACCUCAAGAAGGACAACAGUUAGUAAACCAACCAGGACAACAACCAAAUGUGCAACCUCAAGAAGGACAACAGCUAGCAAACCAACCAGGACAACAACCAAAUGUGCAACUUCAAGAUCAACAGCUAGUGAACCAACCAGGACAACAACCAAAUGUACAACCUCAAGAAGGACAACAGUUAGUAAACCAACCAGGACAACAACCAAAUGUACAACCUCAAGAAGGACAACAGCUAGUAAACCAACCAGGACAACAACCAAAUGUGCAACCUCAAGAAGGACAACAGCUAGUAAACCAACCAGGACAACAACCAAAUGCACAACUUCAAGCAGGACAACAGAUAGUAAACCAACUAGGACAACAACCAAAUGUACAACUUCAAGCAGGACAACAGCUAGCGAACCAACCAGGACAACAACCAAAUGUGCAACUUCAAGGAGGACAACAGCAAGUAAACCAACCGGGACAACAACCAAAUGUGCAAGGGAAAACUGGACAACAGCUAGUGAACCAACCAGGACAACAACCAAAUGUACAACUUCAAGAUGGACAACAGUUAGUUCACCAGCCAGCUCAGAAAGCAGCAAGUCAGCAUCAGCAACAAGAAGUGCCACAAGGACAAGAGAUGCCACAGACUGGCGGCCUGGGUGGAGCACCAAAAUCAGCCACAAAUGCUGAACAAGUACUUAUCAUAGCAGAUAGUCAGUAUCCACUCCCAGACCUGCCAGCUGCCCCAAGCACUAUUCCUAAUUGGGUUCCAGUUGAAAACUACAUAUUUACAGCUACACAGAAAGAAAUGCCUAUAAACUCACGUUACCUUCCCACCAUUGGCAAUGGUCAUGUGGGCACAGUGGUGUACAGUGACGCCAUCUACAUGAAUGGGUUAUACAAUGGCCGCCUGACGUCAAGUCACAGGGCAAGGAUUCCCUCCUCGUGUGCAGUGAACAUCACUGCUGUGGAGCCAUCACAGGGUCCGCUGGUCAGAUUAUAUGCACUGAAUGUGGCAGAAGGUGUUUUCACCCAAGUUAUCCGAGGCAAGGGCUACAACAUCACCCAGAAGAUGUAUGCUCACAGGGCUGUCCCCCAGCUACUGGUGGUAGAGGUGGAGGUCCAGAGAGACGGCACCACAGGGCCAAACAAAAUCUCCCUUAAUCUAAACUCUGGGACCAGCAGCAGUGAUAUUAGCUAUAAAGAUGGGGAUUCUGGAUUAGCUGGUGUGAAAUACAUCUAUGGCCAGAUUAAGGAGACGGAGCUCCCCGCCAUGACACCCACUGAGUCCCAUGUUUUCUACACAGAGGUUCCCCGUGAACUGGUGGUGCCCCCUAUGGUCAAGAAGAUGAAGUGGGUGUCCAUCACUUCUGCCAGCUACAGCAAAAAAGAUGCAGAAGACGGGUUUCAGCUGG